AUGGCCGAGCAGCAGCCGGAGCAUGGCGUCGACCUGGACCAGGAUCAGUUCUGCUGUUCAGUGUGUCUGGACCUGCUCAAGGAGCCGGUCACCAUUCCCUGUGGACACAGUUACUGCAAAAACUGCAUCGAGGAUUGCUGGGACCAGGAGGUGAAGAAGGGACUGUACAGCUGUCCUCAGUGCCGGGAGACAUUCAGUCCGAGGCCGCUUCUGAAGAGGAACACCAUGCUGGCUGAGCUGGUGGAGAAGCUGAAGAAGAGCAGCACCCAGAAGCCCUCUCCUUCUCUGGCCUGUGCCGGCCCAGAAGACGUCGUCUGUGAUUUCUGCUGCGGGACCAGACGAAACAAAGCCACCGUGUCUUGCCUGACCUGCUUGGCAUCUUACUGUCCAGCUCACCUCGAGCCUCACCACAGUGUUCCCGUGUUGAAGAAGCACCAGCUGGUCUCGGCUACAAUCCCACUGCAGGGAAAGAUGUGUGAGAAGCACAACAAGCUGAUGGAGGUCUACUGUCAGACGGACAGGAAGUGCAUCUGCUAUCUGUGCGUUAUAGAUGAACAUAGGAGCCACAAUACGGUGUCAUCUGCAUCAGAGAGGGCUGAGGAACAGAAACAGCUGAUUGAGAGUCAAAAGAAAGUCCAGCAGAGGUUCCAGGAGAGAGAACAGGAGCUGAAGGAGCUGCAACAAGCUCUGAAGGAUUUCAAGAGUUGUAGCCAGACUGCUGCGGAGAGAUGUGAUGGGAUAUUCAAUGAGCUGAUCUGCUCCAUGAGGAGAAGACGCAGUUUGACGAAGCAGCUGAUCAACGCCCAGCAAGAGACUGCGGCCGCUCAGGCCGAAGAGCUGCAGCUGCAGCUGGAGGAGGAGAUCAGCAAGAUGAAGAGGAGAGAUGCCGAACUGGAACAGCUGUCUCAUACGCCCGACCACAUCCAUUUCAUUCAGACCUUCCAGUCCCUCUCCACCUCCUGUGAAUCUCCAGACCUGCCACCUGUUUCUGUCUUUUAUCCUCAACGUUCAACGUUCACACCUGUGACUGACUGCGUGUCUAAACUGAGGGAUGACAUAGAGAGCCUCCUGGAGGACACGUGGCCCAGGAUCUUUAGCACAGUGUCUACAAUAGAUGUUGUUCCACCUGCGCCAAAGACCAGAGAGGAGUUUUUACGCUAUUGCCGUCCUUUGACCCUGGAUCAGAACUCCGUCUCCCAAUAUUUGUCCAUUUCACAAGAACACCGGCGGGUGACAUGUAAAACCUAUGAGGGAUUAUCUCAAAGCAGUGACAAUUAUUAUAGUAAUUAUUAUACUGCAUUCUCAGGCCGGAGGAUUCCGAUCAUCAGGCAGGUGUUGUGCAGUGAGGGUUUGUCAGAGCGGUGUUACUGGGAGGUCGGAUGGAGUGGUUGUACUUGGUCCGUGGCAGUGUCCUACAAAGACAGCAGCAGGACAAAGGACUUAGAGUUUGGAAAUGAUACCAAGUCGUGGAGUUUAGAGUGCUCCCCACAUGGUUACUCUUUCCGACACAACAACGGAAGCAAAGCGGUGUCAGGCCCUCGAUCCUCCAGCGUCGGAGUGUACCUGGAUUAUAUAUUAGGGACUCUGUCCUUUUAUAACAUCUCCGACACGAUGACGCUGCUCCACAGAGAACACGUUGCGUUCACUGAGCCUCUCUAUCCCGGCCUUGGGCUGAAGGACGCACGCGGUGGACAUUACGCAGAACUGAUCAAGUUCUGGGUUUCCAGUAAAGAGAUACUGCACGGUACCUCCCAGCUGUACAAAGUCAUGAAGACAUUUCAUGUGAUUCAUAUCUGCUGUGAGGCGCACUUCGUCCAGCAGGAGCAGGAGAAGAGGAUAGAAACGUAUUUCCGUGUUCACCGCAGAUCAGGCGGAGGAGACUGCGCGCUGAGGAGGGACAACGAUCGGAUCUACAGCAUUGCGUUCAAAUACCCAAAAGAUCAGCAGGCGGUGCUGCAGAGAUCUGAGCAUGUUGUGGACGGUCUGGUGUUAACUGUCCGAGGCAGCCGGGAACCUCUCUCCUCCCAGGAUUUCACCGCUCCAGUACAGGAGUGCCCCAAGGCUGUGAAAGAACUAGAGGAAGCACUCAGCUCUGUGGCCUGCUCUGCCCAGCUGUACCCAGAGGAGGGGAGGGUUUUAGUUAGCCGGUUAGCUCAAGCUGGUGCUGCAGUUAGAAAUUGGAAAGCCGAGGUAGACAAACUCUUUGAUGGCUAUAUGUGCCACUGUGAGGUGGACCCUCACAAAGGUAAAGCUUUAAUUAAGUCCUGCAGUUCGACCACAGAUGGGGUGAAGGUGUACAGCGAGGAUGGGAUGGCCAUUGUGGUUGGGGAGCGUUCUCAAGUGAAGGCCAUGUUGAUGGCUGUAGAGGACUCGCAUGUUAAACGACGGUCAGGUUCCAGUGAGAAGCAAAAAAGCAUUCGUCGACUGGGCGAGGCCAAGCUCCGCCUCCUCUGGAAAGAGAUGGAGCCCAGUUUGCGACAAGAUUUUCCAGAAGUGAAGGUCACGCAGGGAGCUGCAGGUCAGUUAGUUUUGGAAGGUUCUGUGGAGGAGAUUCUUAAGGAUGGAGAUUCUAUCUCUGAGCAGGAGAAUCUUGUGUUCGAAAGGACCGUUUCUGACAUGAGCCCACAUCUUUUGGCCUUCUUGAGAAAGGCAUACGGCGGUGCAGGGGUGCUGGGGGACUUUUUAGGGGUUGGUGGCAAGGUGGAAAUAGAGUUACGAGACACGGAGGUACGUUUCUUAUCUCUUUCCACUGAUGAUCUUGAUGAAACUGUAAAGGCACUGCAAGGUGAGCUCAAGGAAGUCAAGAUUGAUGUUCCUAACUACUCUUCUGUGCCAUCUGAUCUUUGUGAAAAUCUAAAGUCCAAGAGAAAUAAGAUGAACCAAGGGCAAUACAGGGCUCAGGUUGUGUUUGGCCCAGACAGCACGGUGUCCCUACUGGGCCACACCAAAGAGGUCGAAGAGCUGAGGGAAGUUGUCAUACAGUUUUUGGACGAGUCAAGUGUUCAAAGCAUAGUCUAUCUGCCUUACACAGAGUUAGCACAACAGUUGCCAGAAUUGCUGCAGCGGCAUGGUUUUGACUAUUCAGGGGUUACCUUCCAUCCCAUAACAUCUUCCUCCACACCCACAGUGGUGCUGAAAGGUCCAUCUGGAAAAGUGAAUGAGGUGGAUGCCCUGGUUUCACCCAUGGUUGGCCAUGAUCCUCUCUCCACCUGUGUUGGAAACACUUUGUGUGAAAUGGUUGGAUCCCAGCUGACUGCAGGCUUUAGAAAGGAAGCAGGAGAAGGAACUAUGCCUGGUGAUGCAGUCCUGGUGGAGGUCUUCUCCGCACUUCCAUCUAAUGCAGUGUUCUUCCUCAGCCUCAUUCCCUGGGAUGAAGACCCAGAUGGAACUGCAGUUCAGGUUCUGAAACUGGCCUUCAGUAACAUCCUAACUACCUGUGAGAAAAGAGGGUUUGGAUCAGUUGCUCUCCCUCUACUCGGUGCUGGGAAUGCCCUGCAGUUUCCCGAGAGCGUGGUUGUCAGGGUUCUACAGGAGGAAGUUCUUGCGUUUCAACAGAACCAAGCCAGCAGAACACCGUUCCUGGUCCGCAUCGUCAUCCCCCCCACUGACGAAGAGUCCAGCGAGGCCUUCAGGUAUGUCCAGGAAGCUUUCCAAGCCAAAAUAUUCCAACCAGACCAAGUGUCAACUACAAGGAGGAUCGUCCUGCUGGGAAAAACCGGAUCUGGGAAAAGCAACCUAGCUAACACCAUAUUUGGAGAGAAAUUGUUCAAAACAGACCAGUCUCCCAACUCUGGAACAAGUGAAUGUCAAGCUGAAACCAAAUCUGUCAAUGGAAGAAGCUUCACUCUGAUCGACACUCCUGGUUUCUUUGAUACAGGCAGGCCUGAGGAGAAGAUGAAGGCUGAGAUAGUGAAGUGCAUCACAGAGUGCGCUCCUGGGCCUCAUGCUUUUCUCAUUGUGCUGAAAGUGGAGAAAUUCACAGAGCACGAGCAGGCUGUCACCAAUAAAAUAUGCCAAUAUUUCUCUGAAGAUGUUUUGAAAUAUGCUGUGAUCGUCUUCACACAUGGCGACGGGCUGCCUAAAGGGAUGAAAAUUGAGGAGUUUGUGAGUCAGAAUGAGAAUCUGAGCGAUCUGGUGAAGAAGUGCGGCGGCCGGUGCCACGUCGUUGAUAAUAAGCACUGGAAGAACAACCUGCAGAAUAGCUACAGGAGCAACCCGGUCCGGGUGGAGGACCUGCUCAACACAAUAGACAAGAUGGUGAUGGAAAACAACGGAGGCCACUACACCAACGAGGUGUUUCAAGAAGUGGAGAAAGAAAUACAGAUAGAGGAAGAGCACAUAAAGCAAAACACGUCGUCGGGAAACGUGCCACAGGAAGAGAUCAGAAAACAGGCAAAAACCAGAGUGUCUGACAGGGUCUUGAUCCAACUGGCAGGCACAGCAACCGGAGUGGUGUUAGGAGCUUUGUGUGGCUUGACAGCGAUGGUUGGACUAGUCAUCAUGGCUCUGCAGAACUGUGCAGGGUUGAUGAAACUUGUGAAAAUGGCUCCAGCAACAGCGGCGGCAGCAGCAGCAGCAGCAGGAGGAGGAGAAGUAGCAGGACUGGCAGUCGCUGGAGUGUCGUUGGGCGUGGCCGCUGCAAUAGGAGGAGUAAUAGGGGUGAAAAUGGCUGGCAAACAACAUCAGCAAGAGGAGCAGCAUGGAGUCGACCUGGACCAGGAUCAGUUCUGCUGUUCAGUGUGUCUGGACCUGCUAAAGGAACCAGUCGCCAUUCCCUGUGGACACAGUUACUGCAGACACUGUAUCGAGGAUUUCUGGGACCAGGAGGUGAAGAAGGGACUGUACAGCUGUCCUCAGUGCCGGGAGACAUUCAGUCCGAGGCCGCUUCUGAAGAGGAACACCAUGCUGGCUGAGGUUGUGGAGAAGCUGAAGAAGAGCAGCACCCAGCAGCCCUCUCCUUCUCUGGCCUGUGCCGGCCCAGAAGACGUCGUCUGUGAUUUCUGCUGCGGGACCAGACGAAACAAAGCCACCGUGUCUUGCCUGACCUGCUUGGCAUCUUACUGUCCGGCUCACCUCGAGCCUCACCACAGUGUUCCCGUGUUGAAGAAGCACCAGCUGAUCUCGGCUACAGUCCCACUGCAGGAUAAGAUGUGUGAGAAGCACAACAAGCUGAUGGAGGUCUACUGUCAGACGGACAGGACGUGCAUCUGCCAUCUGUGCGUUAUAGAUGAACAUAGGAGCCACAAAACCAUUUCUGUUUCACUACAGAAAGCUGAGACGGAGAAAGGUCUGGUUUCCAGACAAAAGGAAGUCCAGGCGAGAGUCAAGCAGAGAGAGACAGAGCUGCAGAUGCUGAUCCAAGCUGAGGAGAACGUCAAGAGUUGUGCCCAGACGGCGAUGAAGGACUGUGACAAGAUCUUCGCCGAGAUAAUCUCCUCCACGCAGAGAAGACGUAGAGAGGUGAAGCAGCUGAUCGGUGAUCAGGAGAAGACAGCCGUCGCUCAGGCUGAAGAGCAGCGGCUUGAGCUGGAGGAGGACAUCAGCAAGCUGAAGAGGCGAGACGCUGAACUGGAACAGCUGUCGCAUGUUGACGAUCCCAUCCACAUGAUUCAGAUUUUCCAGUCCCUCUCAACUUCCGGUGACUCUCCACACUUUUCGUUCGAUGCUGCUCCUUUGCGUUCCUUCGGAGAUGUGACUGAGUGCGUGUGUGAGCUGAGAGGUAAAUUGGAGUCUGUCGUAAGGGACACAUGGCCCAGGAUCUCUGCCACAGUCUCUUAUGUGGACUUCUCACUGUCACCAGCACCAAAAACCAGAGAGGAGUUUUUACGCUAUUGCUGUCCCCUCACACUGGAUGGGAACUCAAACUACCCCUAUCUUCACCUGAUAGACGACGACCUCAGGGUGAGGCCUUCACCCACCCCGUACUCUGCUCACCCAGACAGGUUUACCAAGUGGCCACAGGUGCUGUGCCGAGAGGCUUUGCCAGAGCGAUGCUACUGGGUGGUGGAGUGGCAUGCUCGCACUCUGUCUGCAGCGGUGGCAUACAAAGACAUCAACCGCACAUCAGAUGAGUCACAGUUUGGGAAAGAUGACAAGUCCUGGAGUUUAGAGUGCACGGAAAAUGGCUUGUUGUUCCGUCACAAUAAUGUAGAAACAAGGUUGUCAGGGCCUUGCUCCAAAAGGAUUGGAGUGUAUCUUGAUUACAAAGCGGGCACUCUAUGUUUUUAUCAUGUCCCUUACCCGAUGGUGCUGCUCCACAAAGUCCAGACCACGUUCACCCAGCCUCUUUAUCCAGGGCUUGGGCUGGAAUAUGAAUGGUAUGAUAUUGGCGUGUUUGCACAGCUGGCCAAGUUAUGGUAGUAAAAGUUUGGAAUAUCAAGUUUUUGGUUUUUUUUGUUUGUUUUUUUUGUUCUUCAACAACGAUUCCCUUCGAUUGGAAAACUUGUCUUAAAAUCUAAAAAUGACACAACUAGUUAGUAUAUAGUUCCAUUGGCGAACAAUCUUCCUUCUUCAUUUAUCUGAAAGUAGUGUGCAGAUCGCCACCAGGUGUGUCUGCAACUACCACUACUGUAUUGUGUGACUGAAUUGAAUACAAACAAAAGUUGGGGAAACCCUUCCAUCUAGGCACAAAUGAGCUGUAAGGGGUCGUAAAACACUGUUCAUCCAAACUCGAAAACAACCGGCGAUGUAUUCUAAAAAUUGACUCAUGGUCAUCGUGUAAGACACGUCAUAAAAUCUUGCAAAAACAAAAAGUUGUUUGCCUUCAUGGCAGCAGCUUAAGGGCGGUGAGGGACUCAACAGAGUGUGUACCGGGAGAGCUGUUAGCUGCUAGCUAAACACACCGUCCAAAGCAUUGAAACUGUUUCCCGCCUGCUGUGUAUCUGGUUAGGGAUAGAGGUCUGCGAUGCACUCUGCUUAAUUAUGACUAACAACCCCCCACACGAUGUUUACAAUGCAAAAUGUCUGCAGAAUCAGAAAUGGUUUAUUGCCAAGUACGUUACACAUACAAGGAAUUUGGCUGGACUCAAACAGUCUACGUGUAGGGUGAGAGGGUCUGCUACAAUCCUUCUUGCUCGCUUUAGGGUCCUGGAAGUGAACAAGUCUUAGAGGGACAGGAGAUUGCAGCCAAUCACCCUCUCAGCAGAGCGAAUUAUACGCUGCAGUUUGCCCUCGUCCUUGGCAGUGGCUGCAGCGUACCAGACCGUGAUGGAGGAGCAGAG